UUUCUCACACAGUUGCUCACCCGAACCCUUUUCUCUCCUCUCCUCCGUGUCGCUGCCAUUCGCCUUCUCCGCUCUUACUCGCACACACUCUCUCCGCUUAGGUCUUCAUCUUUCUUCCUCUUCGUCGUCGCUCGCCUGUGGCAUUCUUCCGAACGCUUCGUCCUUAUCGAUUCUCCAGUCUCUCCGUCUCUUCUUAGGGUUUCUAGGGUUCCUUGAUUUCAACCGGGAGAUCGAGGUCGGCGAGCGAGACUGAGCGACAAGUGAGUUGACAAUCUAGGGCAUUGGUUGGUUGGGACGUUGGGCGCCCGCUGGUCCUCUGCCUUGGGAGCUCUUGAGUUGUUUGAUCGGGCGGGGAUCGGAGGGAUUCGGCGGCGUUUUGAUCUGCAAAUUGCUGGAGGGGCUCUUCUAGUGGUGCUCGGAUUUUUGCGGUUAAUGACAAACCUUCUUGGGGAGGCUUGGUUCUUCAGGUGUCUCUCUUUGGUUGCUAGUGCUGAUGGUGAGGUGCUAUAACCUGAAGCAAGACUAUGAAUCUCUUCUCUGGUGGCUAAAGCAUUAGCUACCAUGGUUGCUAGUAUUACAUAGCCAUUUAUUGUCUUUAGAAACCCCAGCCACAAUGCCUUCAUGGUGGGGGAAAUUGUCUUCUAAGGAUGUGAAGAAGAACACAAAGGAAAAUUUUAUUGACACAUUACACCGUUUUAUUAGUUCAACUGAACAAAAAAGCACUACAAAAUCAAGGGGAAGUCGACGGCGAAAAAGUGACACUUCAGAAAAGGCAUCCAGAUCAAGAACAGAAUCACGAUCUACAUCACCUUCUGCACAAGUGUCCCGGUGUCAGAGUUUCGGAGGCAGGUCAAAUUCCCAACCACUUCCUCUACCCGGGCUGUGUUCAGGCAUAUCAUGCAAGCCCUCUGAGGUCAUUACAUCGAAGUCGAUCCUAGAAGAGCGCGGAAAAUCACAGCUGCGUUUACCACUUCCAAGACCUAACCACAUUUCAAAAAGACCAGAUACUGCUGAGCUUGAUGGAGGUGUAGCUACCACCUCUAUUUCUAGUAAUUGCUCUAUUGAUAGUGACGAUGCAGCAGAUUCUGAACUUCACAGCCCAGUCAAUGACUUUUUAAAAAGCAAUAGAGCUGUUACAAGCAACCAUAGCGUGGGGCGCAAGGACCCAUGUCCUGCGACACAAUGCAAACCAAGAGAGAUGAUGAAAUCCACAAAUUUCUUACUUGGGAACCAUAUUUUAUCUGCACCAUCUAAGCAGAGUUUUCAGAACAAUUUCCAAUCAAAUAUACAAAUUCCUCGACAUGGUGCUUUUGCAAGUGCACCAGAUAGUUCAUUGUCAAGUCCCUCGAGAAGUCCUAUGAGAGUUGUAUUCCCUGAGCAGAUCCCAACAUCAGCCAUUUGGGCGACAAAGCCGCAACAAGAUUUGACUUUUUUUGGAUCUGGCCAGUGCUCAAGUCCAGGUUCAGGUCAGACUUCUGGGCAUAAUUCAAUGGGAGGAGACAUGCUUGGACAGUUCUGGCAACAUAGUAGAGGUAGUCCAGAGUGCUCUCCAAUACCAAGCCCAAGAAUGCUGAGUCCUGGUCCUAGUUCUAGGAUACAUAGUGGAACCGUCUCUCCACUGCAUCCACGGGCUGUAGGAACAGCACCAGAGUCACCAACAAGGCGGCAUGAUGAGGGGAAGAAAGAAAGCCACAGAUUGCCACUGCCGCCAAAAAAUAUAUCUAUCAGUGCUACUUUUCCUCCACAUAAUUCAACCACAAAUUCUUCAAUGUCAGUAGUACGCAGUCCUGGAAGGACAGAUAAUCCCACAAGUCCUGGAUCAAAGUGGAAGAAGGGAAAAUUAAUUGGACGUGGUACAUUUGGACAUGUUUAUAUUGGUUUUAACAGUGAGAGUGGUGAAAUGUGUGCAAUGAAGGAGGUUACCCUGUUCAUGGAUGAUGCUAAGUCAAAAGAAAGCGCAAAACAGUUGGGGCAAGAAAUAUCCCUCUUAAGUCGGCUACAGCAUCCAAAUAUUGUGCAAUAUUAUGGUUGUGAGAUGAUUGAUGACAAGCUUUAUAUUUACUUGGAAUAUGUAUCUGGUGGUUCCAUACAUAAGCUACUUCAAGAGUAUGGGCCACUUGGUGAACCAGCAAUUAGGAGUUAUACGCAACAAAUUCUUUCAGGUUUAGCAUAUUUGCAUGCAAAGAACACUGUUCACAGGGACAUCAAAGGUGCAAAUAUAUUGGUAGAUCCAAAUGGCCGGGUCAAGCUGGCAGACUUCGGGAUGGCAAAACAUAUUACUGGACAAUCUUGUCCCUUGUCAUUCAAGGGAAGUCCUUACUGGAUGGCUCCUGAGGUCAUAAAGAACUCAAAUGGCUGCAAUCUUGCUGUGGACGUAUGGAGCCUAGGGUGCACUGUCUUGGAGAUGGUUACAUCAAAACCACCUUGGAGCCAAUAUGAAGGGAUUGCAGCCAUGUUCAAGAUUGGAAAUAGUAAGGAGCUGCCACCGAUCCCUGAUCAUCUUUCUGUUGAUGGCAAAGAUUUUAUAGGAAAAUGUCUUCAACGUGAUCCAUCCAAGCGUCCAACUGCAUUUGAACUGUUACAACAUCCAUUUGUUAACAGUGCAGCCUUGAUAGAAAAAUCCAUCUUUAGUUCCCAACCUGUGCAACAACUGAUAGGUGUUUCAAGUGGAGCAUGUAUCAAGGGUGUUGGUCAUGCAAGAAAUCUUUCUUCUUUGGAUGUGGAGGGAUUGGCAUUUCAUCGUUUAAGAGGUGGAAAAUCUACUAUUUUGUCUAGUAAUCCUGCAAGGUACAUAUCUUGCCCUGUCUCUCCCAUUGGAAGUCCUCUUCUGAACUCCAGGUCUCCCCGGCACAUCAGUGGACGAAUGUCCCCGUCUCCCAUCUCAAGCCCUAUGGCCACCUCAGGUGCAUCCACACCUCUGACAGGUGGCAAUGGUGCUGUUCCAUUCAACCAAUUGAAGCAAGUGGCUUAUCUUCAUGAUGGUCACGGAAGUUCAUCAAGAUCCAUGAAUGGUUGCUAUCCUAGCGGGGCUAUCUAUCAUGAACCCAAGGUGGAUCUCUUCCUUGGGAUGCAGCACAUGUUACCACGUCUUGGUGAAAGAAUGACAUCUGAAACUGACACUCUCAGCAUUCAGGUUGGUAGGGUGGGACAUGAUACUAUGAGAGAUCCUUGUGAGAGUCACUGGUUUUUAUCUGAUCACAUGUCAUAUCAGAUAUUGAGAGAUCAAAUGAAGCUUAAUCCAUCAGUAGAUCUUCGUUCUGUUUCUUCAAUGCAUAGCCGUAGAAAUGGUACAUAAACUCUUAAAUUUGAGCAUCAUAGUCAUGUCGGUCCUUGACCACAUUGCAGUCAUCUUGUAUGUUAAAUGCUGAACAUCGCAAACUUGCACCCAUAAAAUCAAUAUUUUAUAAAGUGAAGACACAAGCAAGGGAAGCAAGUUCUUAUCGUAAAUACUGUCCGUCAAGUGACACAAUGGUAAGUAUCAUGGUUUUUCUGAUUUGUUCUCUAUCAAAGCUUGUUGUUGGUAGAAAGAAGUUUUUUACUGACAGUCACAAUAUUGACUUAAUUUCAGAAUGUAUAUGCUUAUUUAAACUUGCUUUUCCUGAUUACGAGAUAAUAUGGCCUCUUUACUAAUUUGAGCUAAUAAUUGAUUUAUUUAACCUUUUGAUCAGAGACUUAUAACCAUGAAUUGUCUUUUCUAGUCAUAUGUGCAAGGGUUCUGCCAGUCAGUGAAAAUAAUCUUGGUUGAUAGGGAAUCCAUCUUGCAAACAAUUGCGUGAUUAUAAUCAGGUUCUUAUCUACUGUGCUUUGGUAGUGUUACAAAGAGGCUCAAAAGUAUUUGAAAUAUACUGCAAGUUUUGUAUACUUUUUUAUGUCAUACUGUUUGACCUUUCAGCUCAAAUGUAUGUGUAACUGAUACCCUGUAUUUUUUUAUUGCAUGAACAAAUAAGUAGUACUAGUUUUACAUUCCAGUGCUUUUAUCAGUGUUGACUACAGAUAUACUGACUCGAGAUAUGGCAAGUUGAACAAUUGACUGAGGAGAACUAAAUAUGCAGUUUCUUUGUUUGGAAAAACUUA